AAAAAAACACAAAAUUCUUUGUUAUUGUUGGAGCAGAAUACAGACAAAGUGGAAGAGGUUGAACGUGUCUCCAUUUCCGGAUGUCAACAAAAAGGCCUUCCAGUUUCCAUUCUUAUCGAAAUCCAGCCACGAUUGGCUGCUAUACACAAUUUUCUACCCAAAAAGCUUAUUGCUUUACUUUUCCUGUUUAAUCAAAUUCAUCGUACCCACAAGAAAAAUUGGAAUCAAGGUAAACCACUGCUGGGUUUUUCCAAUCCAGUCCCAAGCUCAAAUGGGUCGCCGUCAAACCGAGUCCGAAGCCGGCCGUUUUACCAUUCUGAUACUUUUCUUGUUGGGUAUAAUCUCAUUUUGCAUGGUCUAUUUUUGUCUCUCUGUGGUCUUCAAUCCCAGUAGCAGCAUCACAAAAACUUCGAUCUCUGACCUGGAUGGAUAUGGUGGUGUUGGAGAUUUGGGGACUGAAGAGAAAGAAGAACAAGAAGAAGAAGAAGAAGGAAAAGAAGAAGUUUGCUGCAGAGGGAUUGAGCAUUUGGAGCUCUGGGGAGAUGCUGUGAAAUGGGGUUCUGACUUUAAGGUUAAUUCUUCAGAGGAAUGUUGCAUGGCGUGUAAGGCUAUGUGUAGGAGAGAUGGGCCUUGUUCUUGUGAUUCAUGGGUGUUUUGUGGGAAUCCAGAGGCUUGUGGACCUAGAUUUGGUGAGUGCUGGUUGAAAAAACAAAAGAAUUCCUUGGAGCCUGAUCGGCGAGACUCAGGUGAUCAGGUUAUAUGGACUUCUGGGCUUGUCUUUGCAAAAAGAGAGGGUAUAGUUGGUUUGGAAACAGAACAUGGGAUUCUUCGUAUAAAGCUUUUUCCUGAAUGUGCCCCACAUUCUGUUUUCUACAUUUUAGAGCUAUCGCAAUUGCAUCACUCUGUGGGUUGCCACUUUUAUCGUGCAGAAAGCAGGGGAAGCUAUUGGGAUUCAAAAGGAAACCAUAUAGAAAUUGCCCCAUUUGGACCUCCUUUUGCACUAAUACAAGGAACACUCGAAGCCCAUGGGACCAUCUUCAAGGAGAUUCCAACAGAGGUUUGCCCAAUCAUCCGAAGAGGAUCAAUUGCAUGGAUUGGUUCUGGCCCUGAAUUCUUUAUCAGCCUGGCUAACCAUGUUGAAUGGAAGAAAGCAUACACUGUCUUUGGCUCGGUUCUCCCUGAAGACAUGGAAAUCGCCGAGAAAAUUUCACAGCUUCCAACUAAACUGGACGUUUGGAGUAACAUCAGUGUCUCUGUGUUGGAAAAACCUGUUCCAUUACGGUUCAAAAGGAUCGAGACAGAUUCAUGACCAAGGUUAUAUAUAGCAAACAUGUAUGCAAUAGAUCCAAGUCACUCAGCACUACAAUUCUUUUUCAAUGUGUUAAAAUUCAGAUUUUUGGUUCUUGGGGUAUCCUUUAGUUGAUCAAAUUUGUGGAUAUUUUAUUCAUCAAACAAAAAUUUGUGGAUAUCUUAGAUUUAAGUUUGUAGAUAGACGAAGGAUUUCAAAAUGAAAUAGAUUCAAUCUAUACUUUGGUUCGAAA